CCGGCACACUGCAAGUCGUUGUGCUCCUGGGAAGUAACAACUUAUAACGUCUUCAACCAGCACAGGCAACAAGAUUGUCAUUUAAAGAAACUCAUCUUUAUCUGAUAGGAUCAGUCUUCCCAACGCUUUAUUGAGCGCAAAUGUUAUUCAUGUGCCUUUUGCAGGAGGGACUCCAACUUUGUUUCUCUCCAUAACUGUGAAAGUUAUUACCGUUCAAGGAAACUCCACUAGGGGGUCCAACAGCUUUGCUUUUGUGGACAAAAAACGGCGUGAAAACAAGAUCAUCACAAAUAAACCUACUGCUUAAACAGGCAUUACUAUUCGUGGAGUAUUUUUUACAACAAUGACUUUGGGGACCGAAAUGUCCGAUAACUCCGUACUUUCCGAUACAGAUAUCGACGUUGUUGGAGAUAUGAAUGUCAAGGAAGGGAAAUACACUGACUUUGCUUCAGAUGACUCCGAUGACAACUUGUCGAGGGGGGCAGGUGAUGGGGUAGUUUGCAGUGGCGACCUGGUUGGCGGCAGUGGCUCGGAGUCCGGGACUACCCCAAGAACCAGCGACAAGUCGUCCAAGAAUGCAUUGGUGAAACCGCCCUACUCCUAUAUAGCCCUAAUCACCAUGGCUAUCCUGCAGAGUCCCAAGAAGCGACUCACACUGAGUGAAAUAUGCGAGUUCAUUAGCCAUCGUUUUCCAUACUACAGGGAGAAGUUUCCUGCUUGGCAAAAUUCAAUCCGACACAAUUUGUCACUCAACGAUUGUUUCGUUAAGAUCCCGAGAGAGCCCGGUAACCCAGGCAAAGGCAAUUACUGGACCCUGGACCCUGAGUCAGCCGACAUGUUCGACAACGGUAGUUUCCUGCGCAGGAGAAAGCGCUUCAAGAGACAGCAGGCCACAGAAAUGCUAAGGGACCCAGGCACCUUCUUGCCAGGCUUUGGAUAUGGACCUUAUGGCUACAACUAUGGUCUCCAGCUUCAGAACUAUCACCACCACCAUCACCACCAUCACCAUUCUGGUACCGCUUUCCCUUUCCAACCACCUCACUGUUCCAUGCCGUCGCCAGCCUCUGUGUUUUCAACGCCUGCUUUACCAUCACUCCUUAUGAACGAUUUGACCAGGAAACCAUUCUACCCGCAGCUAAGUCCAAGUCUGCCGAACCUUAAGGGGGACAUCAGCACUCAGGCAAGGCCGUCCUUCUCCAUAGACAAUAUCAUUGGGGGUUCUGGGUCAGCUACUAGCACCCCGAGCUCUCCAUAUACCACCCCUACAGUUGGAAGCCAAGCCCAAGUGUUAGCCAUGUUGACGCCAACAUUGACACCGGCUCAUCAAAAUCACCUUAGCUUGGCAACUGAAACCAUUUUACAGACUGGCCAGAACUUUCCAAGUAAAAUCACAAAUCUUAACAGCUGUCAUUUUUAAUGUUAUCGUCCCCCUUUCUCUUGUGUGUAGGUGUUCUAAGGUAGGAGUGAAUAUACUUUCUGACAAUAUUUCAGACUACAGUAUGAAGAUGCUGUACUUUACUUCUUUUCACAAGCAGAAUAUAUUUAUAAAAUGUACAUAUGUAAAUAUCUGGAGUAGUAAUAACCACCAUUUGUAGGAUGACAGCUUUAAACGGAUGUUAUAAGGUCAUAAAACGAUUUCAGCAAGGUUAUACUUGUAUUUUACAAUUCCAAAGCAUUAUAACAGCGUAAGUCUUGUGUGCCAUCAUUGCAGAGAUCUGGUAAUUUAUUCCCACUAGCCACCUAACGCCUUAAACUAUAAGUAGUAUAUUUUGCUCUUAACAGAAACUGAAAAUGUUUAGCACAGAAACUGAAAAUGUUUAGCAAACUCGAUCAUGUAGCACUCGCCUUUGGUGGCACAACUUUUAAAAGCACUGUGUCCUAUCGGUCAAGGGAAAACUCAGGACUGUUUACAAAAGACAGAAAUAAAUGCAAAUUCAUAUUAGAAUUUAUCAUGAAAUUGUUUUGCCCUUGUUCGCCAUCCCACAUGUUCCCCAGCACUGUAUUUGUGUAUUUGUAAUUAUUUUUGUACAUAAAGUACCCGAAUGAUGUACAGCGUACAUAUACCUCUUACUCUCUCUAAUGGCUGUGCAUCGUUUUUAUCUAUUUUAUUGAGAGAAAUUGUGAAUAUGUUGGUGGUAUAUGUGUAAGAGAAUUGUUCGCACGUCAUUUUGGUGUAAAUUAAUAAAUGUAUGUGAGAUGAUAA